CAGCCAGCGAUUCUAAGAACACCCUAUCAAAACUAACAAAUAAAACGGUGAUGAAGUUUGCAUCACAAAUAUGGAUCCCACUCAGAAAAUUCACGAAAAACACCACAGAAGAUCAGAAUGGAGGUUCCAAUGGACACAUCUUAUAGCUCUAUUGUAUAUAACAUCUCUAACUACACAUGUAAACUGUCAAAGUCAAGAAAGCAUAACCAAAACAGUUAAAAUAGACAAAGUAGAAACUAAUAACUGCCAUAGCUGUCACAGUAGUAGUAAAGGUAGUGUAAAUGUAGAAAAUGUAGUUAAUAAAACUAAUGUAAGUGAAGAUGAAGAAACGAACGAUGCAGUGGACGAUGUUAUAGAGAUCCUUGGAACGAUAACGAAAAGGUAUAUUCUUGUUAAUGUGAGUGAAACGCAACUUGAAGAAGAAGUCGAAAAUAUACUAAAUAAAGCGCUAAGCAAAGAUAGAUACGAAAUCGCUGAUGGUGUUGAGAUUAAAUCUAUUCAAGGCAGUGAAGAUAGUAAAAAGGAAACAAAUACUGAUGAAGGAAGAGCGCUUUUCAGCAAAUUCAGCUACGAAUACAGAUUGCUUCAGAAGUUUAAGAACUUUGUAGAUACUCAUGUUCUUUCUAUAAAUUUGCCUAAAGCUGCGAAGAUGAUGGGAUUCAGAUCUUUCGGCCUAAACAAAUUCUUCGUGCCUCUCCUGAUCGGGGGCCAAGUUCUGCUGAAGUCUAUUUUGUUCGCCAUGUUCCUGCCAAGCAUUCUGGGGAGUUUCGGAAAGAUAUUGGGAAAAGGCAUCUCCCAGCUCUCAGCUUCCUCCAGCCAAGCCAGCUACCCACCAGCUCCUGCAGACGACCAGACAGGGUACAACAACGACAACAAAGACUUCAUGGGGUACGAGACCAGUCCGACUGGGGCCUACGCGUACCCCAACGACGGGUUCUAUGGAAACAUGGACCAGGAUGCGAACGACCUCUCUAAUGUUGAUAUGUCACGGUACGGCGCGGGGGGACAGAAAGUGUCGUACCUACCCACCAAGAACGGCUAUUAUAAGGGCCAGAUGGCGACUGCUAACAAUUACAAAGUUUUCCAGAAAAUUCCAGCCUCUUCUAUGAUCCUAAGCAACUACGAUCCGUUCUACUCUCCCUUGCUGUCACGACUCGACGGGAUCUUCGCCAGGCUCGGUCUGACCCCCUCAGAUAACUCAGCAGACGGCGGCACCCAGAUAGGGGGCCAGAACUUGAGCGAUGUGAAGCUGGAGGCCUGUCGGGAACAGCUCAUCUGCCUCAUGUACGCCAGCCCGGCCAAAUACGCACCGUAUAGCAACCUCGUCUCUGCCCAGUUGAGCAGAGAACUGAACGAACUCCGUCGUCCAGUGUCAGACAACCCUGAGAUACUUCGGUUCUUCAGAUACAUGCGCGCUGCUCGACGCGGGCAAGAAGGCGCGGAUUGCACGCGCGCGCAUCCUGCAUGCUCGGCGAACACCGCACCAGCUCAUACCAUGAUCGCGGCCUACCAUGACAUCAACAAGCUCGUGACUGCGAGGAAGCUGAAGAACUAACUGGCGGCGUAUCAACUCAAGAUGGAAUAAACAAGCGUCUUCCAUCGUGUAUUUAUUUCGAGGACAGAAUAAACAAAAUGUAAAUUUUAUAGUCCUAAUGGCUUCUAUUGUAUUCAAGGCUAGGAC